AUGUCGGGGUUUACUAAAGAUUUGAUCACCAAGAAGAGAACUACAAAGAAUGAAGUGGUGAACAUGACUCACCGGAUUAGUUCCAUCAUUGCAACAUCCACCAUUCAAAAGAAUGAAGAUCCAGGAGCUUUCACAAUUCCAUGUACUAUUGCAGCACGUGAUUUUGCAAGAGCCCUUUGUGAUAAUGGGGCUAGCAUCAACUUAAUGCCUCUUGGCAUCUAUAAGCAAGCAGGGUUAGGUAUGCCAAGGCCCACAAGUAUGAGAUUGCAAAUGGCCGAUCGUUCCAUCAAACGACCGGUGGGAAUUGUUGAUGGUGUACUUGAAAAGGUGGGAGAGUUUCAUUUACCCGCCGAUUUCAUAAUCCUUGAUUGUGCGGUUGACAAAGAGAUCCCUAUCAUUUUGGGGAGACCAUUCCUUGCCACAGGAAGAGCACUAAUGGAUUCAGAAUGGAAUGAGAUCAAAUUCCAUGUGAAUGAUGAAGAGGUUACAUUCCAAGAAAGCAAGGGUAUGAAACUACCCCAUGAAUAUGAAAGCAUCUCGGUGAUCGAUGUUGUUGAUGAAGUAGAGGAUGCGGUUGAAAUGAAAAUGGAAGAACAAUGCCUUGGCGAGGCAUUGGAGACUAUUUUGGUGAACUUUGAUGGUAAAGAUAUGGAAGGGUAUAUGGAAUCGGUAAAUGCAUUGGAGGGCUAUGGAUCUUACACUUAUGCUCCGGCAAAGCUCUCUCUCGACUUGGAGAAUAGAGCCACUCCGCCCGCAAAGCCUUCUAUUAUCGAGCCACCGCAACUAGAGCUCAAACCAAUUCCACCACACUUGAGGUAUAAAUUUCUUGGCUCCAAUGAUACUUUACCCGUAAUCGUUUCUUCUUUGUUGAAUGAUGUGCAGGUGGAACAAUUGGUGGAAGUCUUGAAGGAGCAUAGGCAAGCCAUUGGAUGGACAAUUGCGGACAUCCGAGGGAUUCCUGCGGGAAUUUGCGAACACAAGAUCCAAUUGGAGAGUGAGACGAAACCAAGUGUGGAACAUCAAUGA